CUGGAGACGACAUUUCUCCGUGGCUCCUAAGGAAGUGACCUUUCCGAUCAAAAUACGAGACUGCCUGAAGGAACAGAUCCUUCCGACAGGGAACAAAGGUCGGAUCUUUCUGUAGCAGAUCGCUGUCCGAAUCGUCAAUGAAGAAAUGGAGAACACUAUGCUUCUUCUGGGCAAUAAUGGCGCUUCACGCUGUGGCGAUUCUGAUAUUCACGCGCGGGUUCCUGCUGACUCGCACUGAGCUCCCAUUCCACAGCAACUGCUCCGAUGUCUCCAAGGAAUCUCCUUGCUUCUCUAAUUCUCCUCAGGGCUCGGAUGUCAACUCGACCGAGGGUCGCUGCUGGACGAAGCCCGCCAUUGGGCGACUAGUGAUCAUCGUUCUCGAUGCUAUCAGGUUUGACUUUGUCGCUCCCAGUUCGUUCUUUAAAGAGAAAAAGCCAUGGAUGGACAGAUUACCAGUUCUACAGAAGCUGGCUUUUGGAGAAGGAUCAUCUGCUAGAAUAUUUAAAGCAAUCGCUGAUCCGCCUACGACAAGCUUGCAGCGUUUGAAGGGCUUGACAACAGGUGGGCUGCCUACUUUCAUCGACGUUGGAAAUAGCUUUGGUGCCCCAGCAAUUGUUGAAGACAACUUAAUCCAUCAGCUGGUUGAAAAUGGGAAGCGGGUAGUGAUGAUGGGAGAUGACACAUGGGUUCAACUGUUUCCUCAUCAUUUCAGAAAAUCAUAUCCAUUUCCUUCCUUUAACGUGAAAGAUUUGCACACGGUUGAUAAUGGAUGUAUCGAUAACCUGCUUCCAACAUUGUAUGAAGAAGAUUGGGAUGUUCUGAUUGCUCAUUUUCUCGGUGUGGACCAUGCUGGACACAUAUUUGGGGUUGAUUCUGCUCCAAUGAUAGAAAAGUUGGAACAGUACAAUGGUGUUCUUGAGAAAGUAAUUGAUGCACUCGAAAGCCAAUCAAGACCUGGUGGACUACAUGAAAACACAUAUCUUCUUGUGAUGGGUGACCAUGGGCAAACUCUUAAUGGUGAUCAUGGAGGAGGGAGCCCCGAAGAGGUUGAAACAUCAACUUUUGCUAUGAGUUUUAGGAGGCCGCCCUCUCCAAUAGUACCGGAACUUGACAUUCCUUGUGAAUUUGAUUUGGAGAGGAGGUCUUGCAUAAGCAACUUCCAACAGCUCGACUUUGCAGCCACAGUCUCAGCUUUGAUGGGCAUUCCUUUUCCUUUUGGAAGUAUUGGGCAUGUUAAUCCUGAGAUGUAUGCUUUAGCGGUCAAUACCGGGAACUCUGAGGACAAUUCCAUGGGACUUGAUCAAUAUGAAUUGGCAUCAAAAGAAUGGUUGCUUAAUUAUGCUAAUGUACUUUGUGUCAACACUUGGCAGGUAAUUUCAUGCCUGAUCGACAAUCAUCACAUAUUCAAUCUUCUUCACUUCAUAAAGGUGAAAAGAUACAUUGAUAUCUAUUCAGCUUCAUCUAUGAUUGGGUUUUCAUCUGAAGAUAUCUCUCGCAUAGCAGACAUGUACACGAAAGCAGAGAAGACUUACAGACAGAUCAAGGACAAUGCCUCUCACAGAAGUAAAAGCAAUGAUUUAUCACCAUCUUCCCUGAAGCACCAAAUCGACGCCUAUGUCAAAUUUUUAAAUAGUGUUGCUGAGCUGGCGCGUUCGAAAUGGACAGAGUUCAAUCUGCCAAUGAUGCUUGUUGGGAUAGGAAUGAUGCUUAUGUCACUUUUUACCCAUGUCUUCGUUAUCUAUAGGCUUAGUAAGGCUUGUGGUGUUCCCUUUAAUCCAUGUGGAAACUCUAAGAUUUCCUUGGGGUUAGUAUUUGCUUCUAUCAUAGUUAUGAUACGCAUGUGGAGCUUGUUCUCAAACAGCUAUAUUCUUGAAGAAGGAAAAGUGGCAAACUUUCUUUUGGCUACAAGUGGACUUGUCAUGCUAAGAUACUCGAUUAUGAGAAGGAAGAUGCUCCUCGAAGCAGGACUCUUUCUUAUUUUAGUUGCAAUCAUCAGGUUUACCAUUGAAAUUGGGCUAUCAAAGCAGGCUGCAACUUCUGCCUUUCUGCAUUUUAACCCCUCGUGGAUGCUCGGGAUUGACACAAGCCACCAUGUUUGGACACAUAUCUUUGAACUCUUGCCCAUGCUAGCCCUAUUGCUCUUGGUCCAUUUACUGUACAAGGCCAUCACUGGCAGUUCUUUUGGAGCGAUUUCAAAGAUCACUCUCUUAGGAACUAUCUUUAGUUACAUUCUCAUAGCAAUGCAAUGGGCCAGUGAGAACAAAAUGUUGGGCUUGGCCUCCUAUGGUGUUGGGAGAAAUACUCUUCCAAGGAUAAUAUAUGCAAUCGGAUUUGGACAGAUAUUGUUGCUCAUAUUAAGUAAGCUGUCCUGUCAGGAAAAGGCUGUUGUAGAUUGCAGAAGAAGCAUAAUUUCCGACUCAUUGGCAAUGUUAUCUGCGUGGAGUUCAACAGUGAUCAUAAUAUCAGGGCAGCAGGGUCCUUUAGUGGCUUUAGCAACCUUAAUUGGAGGCUAUUGCAUAGUAAGAUUUCACGACCUAGAAGGGAAUGCCAGUGGAACUCCUCUAGUUUUGGCUGUUAAUCCUCUAUCGUUGACACAAUGGUGCCUUUUUGCAGUGUGUCUGUUUUUCUGCACGGGUCACUGGUGUGCUUUCGAUGGUCUCCGAUACGGGGCAGCUUUUAUUGGGUUCGAUGAGUUUGUCCUUGUGCGCCAAGCCAUUCUUCUGACAAUUGACACCUUCGGGUUCUCACACAUUAUCCCGAUAUUCGGACUCCCCUUUCUUCUUCUGACUGCAGGUGACGAGAAAAAGGGGUUUCCUUUCGCAAGAUUAUCGCUAGUCUACAUGAUAUACGGAUUUAUUACUGCUGCAACAGUCACAGCAACCCUGUUAUGCGUCAUGGUACACAGGCGACAUCUCAUGGUCUGGGGACUAUUUGCCCCGAAGUUCGUGUUUGACGUGGUGGGUCUCAUGCUGACUGAUGUGCUGAUUUGUGUGGCUUCAUUGUACUUUCUCGGCCGAACCAGAGACAACACUCCAGCACACGAUCACGCAAUAGGGAAUUGAAAGGAAAAAUGAGUGUCUACUUGAUACAUUUCAGAAAUUUUGAAAACGGACUUCUUGAUCUUAUCGACUACUGAUGAUGAUAUUCAUAGGAAGGAUAAGGAUCAAUUUUUUGGGGCUGAAAUUUUGCAUUAGUGAUAUUAUCAUUAUGAGAUGGAGAUUGAGCGAAGGGGACUGCCUUGCACUGAUUGGAUAGAUUUAAUUUCUUUUGGAAUGUUUUGGUGCAAACACUGACAAAAGCAUUCAGCAGAUACAAAUUGAUGAGGAAUUUCCCUUUUCUUGCAUUA